GGCUGCCGCGGGGCGAGUGUUCGGCGGGGCGGGGGUGGUUCCCUUCAUCCCCCGUGUGCUGUUACCGGGCGGGCGGCUGCCCGCUGCCUCCCGCAGAGUCGGGCAUCCGGAGGGUGGAGCAGCACCCCUUCAACCGAGCCGCCCCUGCCGUGGGGAGGCGGCAGCGGCCCCGGGGAGCCCCCGGCGGGCCCCGCGCCUCUCGGGACAGCGUAGGGCUCCGAGGGCAGCAUCUCCCUUCCCGGCAGGGCUUUGGGCAGCGUGUCUUGUUGAUUCUUCAGGGGGCUCGUCUCAAAGUAUAACUUAAAAAAACCUGUGCAAAUAGUGGAAGAAAAUGUCACAUAAAAGCUCUAAGGAAAUCAGGAAAGUAAACAUUUCCAGCUCCUUGGAGUCUGAAGAUAUUAGCUUAGAAACCACAAUACCAACUGAUGAUGUUUCUUCCUCUGAAGAAAGAGAAGGUACUGUUAAAAUCACUAAGCAGCUGAUUGAACGGAAAGAGUUGCUCCAUAAUCUUCAGCUGCUUAAAAUAGAUUUGUCUCAGAAAAACUUGAUGAUUGACAACUUGAAAGUAGAAUAUUUGACCAAGAUUGAAGAGCUAGAAGAGAAGCUUAAUGAUGCAAUCCAUCAAAAGCAGCUGUUGUCUUUACGACUGGAUAGCCAGCUGGCAUUACAGCAAGAAGAUGCUAGAAAACAUCAGGCUCUAAUGAAACAAGAAAUGGAAACUAUUUUAUUGAGACAGAAGCAACUGGAGGAAACGAAUCAUCAAUUAAGGGAAAGGGCUGGAGAUAUCCGUCAUAGCUUACGAGACUUGGAAUUAACAGAUGAUUGCUAUGAGAAGCUAAAAUCUCUUCCUGAAGAUCAGCUUUCUAUCCCUGAAUAUGUUUCUAUCCGAUUCUAUGAAGCAGUCCGUUCUUUAAGAAAAGAACUAGGUGAUCUACAGAUUAAAAAGGAGAGCCUAACAGAAGAACUAAGUGGGUACAAAUCGCAGCUGAAGUGUCUGACAGAGAGCUAUGAAGACGAGAGGAGGAACCGGUCAGAACUUGAGCUUAGAUGCCAGCGAUUAACACUGGAACUGGCCGAUACCAAGCAGAUGAUUCAGCAAGGUGAUUACAGACAAGAGAACUAUGAUAAAGUAAAAUGUGAACGUGAUGUAUUUGAACAUGAAUUGUCAGAUCUCAGAAGAAAAUAUGAAAUAUUAGAGGUGUCACACAAAGCACAAGCUAAAGAAAGAAAUGACUUAUCAAAAGAGCUGGCAACCAUACAACAAUCCCUCAACUUGUUGCAAAAAGAUAAAGAUUAUCUUAAUCGCCAGAACAUGGAGCUUAGUGUUCGCUGUGCGCAUGAAGAAGAUCGUCUUGAAAGACUUCAGAUUCAGCUAGAGGAUGCAAAAAAAGCUAGAGAAGAAAUGUAUGAAAAAUAUGUUGCAUCCAGAGACCACUAUAAAACAGAAUAUGAAAAGAGACUGCAUGAAGAGUUGGAACAAAUAAGGUUGAAAACAAAUCAAGAAAUUGAGCAAUUAAGAAGCACUUCAAAAGAGAUGUAUGAACGUGAAAACAGAAAUUUGAGAGAAGCAAGAGAUAAUGCUGUUGCUGAAAAAGAAAGAGCAGUUAUUGCUGAAAAGGAUGCUUUAAGAAAAUAUGAUCAACUCUUGCAACAGUAUAGACAAAUGCAGCUUGACACAGAAAGCAAAGUAGUUGAACUUCUUCACCAAAGUAAGUUAAAGUCCUUUGAAAGUGAACACAUUCAACUCAUGCAACAGGAAACAGCUAAGAAUCUUGCACAGUGUCAAAUGGAAUGUGAGAAAUAUCAGAGAAAGCUGGAGGUGCUUACUAAGGAAUUUUACAGUCUUCAGUCUUCCAGUGAAACACGCAUUAUUGAACUUCAAACACAGAAUUCUGAGCUUCAAGCAAGGCUAGAUACUUACGAAAAACUUGAAAAAGAGCUUGAUGAGAUAAUAUUGCAGACAGCAGAAAUGGAAAAUGAAGAUGAAGCUGAAAGGGUUCUCUUCUCAUAUGGGUAUGGUGCUAAUGUUCCUACAACAGCCAAAAGACGACUAAAGCAAAGUGUUCACUUGGCAAGGAGGUUACUGCAGCUAGAAAAGCAAAACUCAUUGCUUGUAAAAGAUCUGGAACAUCACAAGGAACAAGUAACACAGAUUUCACAAGAGCUUGACAGAGCAAAUUCUUUGUUGAGUCAAGUACAACAGCCCUACAAAUACCUCAUUGAAACAGUGCAGCAGAGAGAUUCUGAAAUAAGUCUACAGAAAGAACGUAUUACGCAACUUGAAAAAGAUGUCAGUCUUUUAAAUAAAGAAAAGACAGCUUUGCUGCGUGUCAAGAAUCAAAUGGCAGCAGAUUUGGAGAGACUUCUAAAUCACCGUGAGGAACUAGCCACAAUGAAACAGAUUCUAAUUACUCUACAUGGUAAACGCUAUGAACAAAGUUUGCCUCAGUCUCACAUUGAUGUGAAAAGUGUGACUGCAAAAAACAAAUCAAACCCUUCACUAAAACUGCUGCCAGAACAUGAAGAAGAAAAUAUAUUUACACCAAAGCCAACGUUAUUUACAAAUAAAGAGGCACCUGUAUGGUACAAGAAACUGCAGAAGAAAACAUCACCAUAGCAUUUUUCCAAAAUUAUUCAAAAUAAUCCUUUGGGGAGCUUUUCUUUGAAGAAAGUUAUUUUCACCAUAAUGAUGCCCUUUUCACCAUAAAAGCAAACAGCUGUUCCUUUUCUGAACUGUUCUUUUAUACCUGUCAAAUGACCUUAUGCUUCAUAAAAUAAUUUUUAGAUCUGUUGUGUGAAUAAAAUGUGUGAGAAUAAUGCAUGCAAAGAUUUUACUAACAUACUUGAAUUUUAAAAGAUAAAUAAACACUAGCGUAUUGUACACAUUUAUAAUCUGAGCAGUUAAAGGGUGUGUUAUUCAGAGCGUUCAAAUUAAUGCAUAUUUCAGCUUUUUUAUAUUGUUUUUCUUGGACCCUGUGUUUCAUGCCGCAUUUUGUGCAACUAUUCUGGCUCAUAGAAAUUUUUAAAAUAUACAUGAGUUAGCAUCAGACUAUAUAGUACUUUCUAUGAAGGAAAUUCAUAUCAGGUGGAAAAAAAUUAAUUUCUUAUCAGCCUUGAUUUGUAUGGUUUGUCAUUUGAUGUAAUUUGUUCUACCAAAAAGGCAUUAAAAAUAUUCUAAAGAAGGAAUAAAAUGCAUCUUAAUUAUCAGCUCUGAUACUUAAUGGACUAGAUACACUUGCUCUGGUAUAGCUACAUCAGUGUAACAAUAAAAAUAGAACUAUGAUGUGCGAGUACCGUAGCAUGUAAUGGUGAAAUGGGUAACUUGCCAUAUUUAAUUGUACGAAAAUAAGCCCCAUCUUCCACGAACACAGCCUACUUAUUUAUUCCAUUCCACCAUCUAUUUAGACUAUAGAAAAGGUCUCUAAUAUAAAGCACUUUUGACUGCAGAGGGUACGUUUCUAUAUGUACAUAAAUAUAGAUGAUAUUGUCUAAGUGACCGUGUACUGAAAACAUUGCUCAGAUUUCAUUUAAGAGGAAGCUCCUUUUUUGUACCUCCUUUUUCCUUGACAAUAUCUCUUCCACUGAUUCAUUGUUACUACCUGGACAUGAACAAUAAUUAUUUACUGUGUAAUACUGAGCUAUAUCCAGCUUAUGAUUCCUAGAUACACUUUUCUUCAUUUUCCAAACAGCACUUUAAAGCACAACAAGAUUUCCUCUGCUCCAGAUAAGCCUCAUUGUCUUUAUUGAUUUUUUUUAUAAUUCUGAGAGAGUGAGGUCAAAACACUAGCAGUUGCACAUCACAGGAUUAAAAUUAUCAUUCUGUGAGUAAGGGAGGCCAAGUGUGUAGACAGAGCUAAUAUGUUUUAUUAGACUAACUGGUGUUCACUGGGCUCACAAACCUAUCUGUACAGACAUUCCUGAAUAAACUUUGGUUUCCUGAAGUCUAGGGUUUUAUCUAACUUGUAUUUUUAUGUGAAUAGAAUCAUUAGCAUGUCCUUCAUGUGAAACAGCUCCCAUAUGCAGAUACUAAUUUUGUAGUUUGUAAUAGAUAUUUUAUAUGAUUCACAGUCCGUAGUUUAACUUCCCAGAGUAUCCUGUUUGUCUGCUAUCACCAAUAAUUAAUGAAUGGUAUUAUCUAGAGGGACUGCAAGCUAUUUUAGGCAAGAUACUAGUUGGAAUCUUAAGUAUUUACAAUUUGUUCUCCUAGAGUACCCUUAUAGACAAAUUGGUGAGGUGUGGACUAUAAAAUGGGUGGAAGAUUAGGUGACACACCAAGCUCAAGGAAAUGUGAUCAGCAAUGCAAAGUCCAACCAGCAGCUGGCAAAUAGUAGCAUCCCUUGGCAAGUUCAUAGGCAAUACCAGAUUUGGGGGUGUAGUCUAUACACUGGAGGGCAGGAUCUCGGAGGGACUUCAACAGGUUGGAAAUCGGGUCAACAAGAACCUUGUGAAGUUCAACAAAAGCAACUGCGGUUGCACAUCUAGGAUGAAAUAACCCCAUAUGCCAGUCCUGGCUGGAAUGCAGCUUCACAGAAACAGACCUCAAGGUCCUAAUGGACAACAAACUGGACACAAGUCAGCAAUGUGCCAGCCAUGUCCUGGGUGGUAUUCGCAACAGGAUAGCCAGCAGAUGGAGGGGAGUGACCCUUCCUUUCUGUUUGGUGCAUGUGAGAGUGUUGAAUCCAGUUCUGGGCUUGUUCAAGACAGACACUGUCAUGCUGAAGUGAGUCCAGCAGAGAUUCACCGAGAUGAUCAGGGGCUGGAGCACUUGGUGUAGAAGGGGAAGCUGAAAGAACUGGACUUAUUCAGCCUUAAGAAUACAGGGCUCAGGGAGAACUUGUUGCAGUCUCCAACUACCUAAUGGGAUGGUAUAGAGACAACAGAGCCAGGCUCCUCUCAGAGGUGCACAGCGAUAGAGUAAGAGGCAUUGGACACACAACGGAGAGGCUAGAAAACUCAGCUAUUAUGAAAAAUGUUUUUACUGUGAUAGUGGUCAAAUACUGGAACAGGUUGCCCAGAGAGGUGGUGGAGCCUUCAUCCUUGGAGACAUUCAGAACUCAACUGGGCAAAGUCCUGAGCAACCUGGUAUAGUUGGACCUGACUUUAAGAUGGACUAGUUGACUGAUUUUCAGAAUUCCUGCCUAACCUAAAUUACUCUGUGGUAAUAUUUCUAAAUAUACUAACACAAAAUAAUUACAUUAAGUUAUUUCUUACCAUCCAAAAGGCACAAAAUGUUUAAUUCUUCCAUGGCAAUGCAAUACACAAGAACAUUUUGAUGCUUCCAGAAUGAGUUGUGUGUUGUAAAUUUCUGUGUCCUCCAGGCAGCCUGAUUUUCUAGGAACACUGACAGGAAAUUAGGCUGAUUUGCACUUAAGUUUUAUUGACAUUUAAACGGUUCUUCAGGUGACAAAGUGACAUAUUCUGGCAGAGGGGUUUUUUAGAAAAUUACUAACAAGAUCCAUCUUUAAAUUUGCAAAAAUAAAAGUAAUUUGUUAGCAUAUACUGAUAAUACAUAAUGCUGUUGGUGAAUUCUUGUAAUCCAUAUAGUCCCUGUGUAAAUCUCAGUAUGUAAUUUUUUUCCAGUUGAAGACACUGUAUUUUUCCUCUGUCUCCUCACUAGACUCCAAGGCUAUAAUUAAUUAUCUAGCAAGAAGACUUUCUAAGCUUUUCAUGUGAAAGUUAGAAUGUCACUUAAAUAUAGCUGUUCAAAUGUGAAAUGCCCUACAGCAAAAAUUAAUGAACCUUUUUGCUCUUUUAAGUAAUGAAAAGGUUCGGUUGCAUUACCUGUGCAGCAUUUUUACUGAUGUUAUUUCCCACAAAUGUAGUUGUCAAUAUUCCAGAAUUCUUCUUCAUGAAAUGGUCUUUGCAGUUUCACGUUCAAGUAGGCCUCGUGUGAGUCAAAAAUAAUGAAGUAAAGAGAAAUUUCUAAGGGUAGUCAUGCAUGUAAGCAACUUGUGACUGAAGUGCCCAACCCAACAUAAUCAUCCUCAGUUCCUCUUUUUCAAACCAAAGGGAGCAAAGAGAAAAUUCUCUAUCCACUCUUACAUUUCUUGUACAUUAAGUUGGUGUUACUUAAGUGAUAAGUUUCGUAAGUGUAUGGGCUGAACAGGAAAGAAGGAAGGACAGUUGGUUUAGAGCAGCUUAGGAUUUUUAACAGUUAAUUGCUUUCCCGCCUUUGUCCCUUGUUAGAAGCAAAGAAGCUCUAAAGCAUGAAGGAAAUCUCUUGGUUGCGGGAAAAAAAUGAAACCAUGAAAUUGCUUUAUUUUUUUUAAUAAGGAGCUAAACUUUUAAGGCUUGUUGCUGAAUCCUGUGGUCAUGCUUCACUGGCAUUGUAGUUUCUAAAUAUUUUCUGUGCAAAGGAAUGAUAUGUCUUUGGGAUUUGUAGUCUUCCUCCCCUUCAAGACUUCCUUUACAAAACAGCGAUGAAACCGUGUAAAAGAGGAACAACUGUAAAUUUAAAUAUUAGUUGUCUGAUUAUUUGUCAGUAUCUCUGGGACACAAUUUGCUACCUCUUACAUGUCAGCUGUUAUUGUCCAUUUCAGUUAUCCUUUUGCAUGACACAAAUGUUCCAGCAAAAAAGGAGCACUAACUCCACUAAACGGCUGACAUCUGCAAGAUGGUCAGUAGAAUUCUCUUGCUCCUGGAGUGCGUUCAUCAACUUGCAUGUCUCUGGAAGACAUGACUCAGACAGCAUGACUUUCUAGAAAAAAAUGACUGCAUUUUGAAGAAGCGUUUAUGUUAUUAGGUAUAUGCCUCAAUCGACUGCCAGUCUGUUGCACGUUUACAUGUAAACAGAUUUAUACACAAGGGUUUGAGUCUGUAACAGCCUGUUGUCUUUCAGGGUUGCUCUCAUUAGGGAGGUCUAGUGAGGAAAGAAUUUAUCUCCCUGUUAACAUUACAUUUAACAGAACACAUGCCAGACUUUAUAGUGAGGCAAAGAAAUGUAUCCCUGGUAUUUUCUUAUACCAAAGACUAUCGAGAAUCUGUAUUCUUUCUUGGCUUUUGAAAUGAAACAAGUGUCUCUAGAAUAUCAGGUUUUGCUUAGUGUCUUUGGACAAUAUUAGCCCCUUCUUAAAUUCCUAGGAUUGAUUUGGAACUCUUGACCUUUAAAACGCAUACUUCCGUAGCUUAAUUAAGGCAGCUACACUUCGGGUAUUUUAGACUGGAGCUGGGCAGCAGUCAGCAGCAGUACAAGGUGUAACUCUUGGGGGACGGCAUCGCUAGCGGAAACGGACAGCAGUUGGGAAUUACGGAAGAGUCAGUGGCGAGUAUUGCAGAAGCUUUUAGUAUUUGGAGAAGUAGGUACAGCUCCACAGAUGUUAGACCCUUUGCAGCUCUUUAAGCCCUCUGCUGACAGCACAAGAACCACCAACUUCAUUCCACAGAGUUAAUUUUGCAGAGUUCCCUGGGUUUCUUUCCUCUCUGAUAAGUUUUCUGUAACAGUAAAUACCUAUAUUUUUAUUUUCUCUCUUUUUUUUUUUUUUUUGAGAGAGAGAGAGAGGGAGGGAGACUCCUUUUUCUCAGGACAUUGGAACUGGGUUCAAAAAAAAUGGUGAAUUUUAAUCUGCUUACCCUUCAAAGGAUGAAGGGGACAGAAAAACCCAGCAAAUUUCAUCCCCACAAAAGCAGGAAAUGGCAGAAGUAUUAAAUGCAAGACGUUGGGAUUGAUCAUGGAAAUAGCUUUUACUCAGAAACUUACAUGUUUUCAUAGACUGUGUGCCCUUUUUGAAGAUACUACAGAAAUAACCACUGUAAAAGAGAAUGCCGCUUUGAUUGAAGCAAUAGAAUCAACUUUGUUUGACCAUGAAUAAUUGAAGUCUUUGUGUUAAUGCUUCUUUUAAGGAGUAGUGGAUCAGUAAAUGUAACUUAAUUGCAGGAAAAGUCUUAUGGAUGGAAUUUAUGACUGUAUUUCAAUGAAAGUCUUUUCAUUUUUCCUUUUGGUUAAAUAGAAGAAGGAUUACUUAGAUUACUCAGUGUUGCAGCUGAAAUUGUUAGCAAUUCCCAGUGCCCCUUUUUAUCGUGAUUUUAGAGAUACAUAUUGCAGCAUGCAGGACUUUCUCUUUUGCUUUCUUAUUCAGUUCUUUAGAAAAAUUUGUUUCUUUCUGCAUUAUUAUAAGGUAGAGCCUGGCAAUGUAGCACUUGACUUUUACAAGGGAGUUGUCAUCUGGAUUUUAUAUGUGGAUUUUAAAGGGGAUUGUUAGUGGCCCCUUCUAAAAGAAUGUUGGAAAUAUUCCUACCAAAUUCUCCCUGAGACCUUGAGAGAGGGUCAUUUCUGUGCCUAAACUUCCUUGUGCUCCCCAUCACUGGUACAGUACCACACAUACAGGACGCCUGUCACUAUGUUUCACAGGCCUGUGGUUUCCAAGCACGCAGCUCCCAGUGCCGGUGGAGCCAUAUAAACAGAGAUUCACAAGUUGUCAUGUAGAGCUCUGUGUAAGAUGUUCACACAAAAAUUAGUAUCACUCAUCUCCUCUGCGAUACUGUGGGAAGUGUAAGCAAGGAAAAAAUACAAUAAUUUGGUGCAGUCUAUUCGCUUGCUGCCUUUUCCUUCUUGGGGGUUCAAUUAUUUUAGCACAUAAAUAAAAUUCUAGUGAGCCUUCAUUCGUGGACAUUGGAAAGGAAACAUGCUGCAAGUCCUGCAAGGAUGGCUAAGUCCUUUUUUUCAGAUGCUUCAUCAGAGAUCUUCUGUGUUCAGGACUCGGGUACUGACCAGACAACUCCUAAAAAAUCAUUAGGCACCACUUUUUACACAUUAAUCUUCAUUUUAUGAAUUUAUUACUUAAAUACUAAGUCCCCAAAAUCCACUCAGUGUUUUUGAGUAAAGGAGUACGUGCCUGAAGGUACCAAUGAGCAAUAAAGGGACUAAUAUGUCAAUGACUUGAGUCUUACUGAAUUAGCGCAUUCCUUGUCAUUUUGUGUCAUUUCUCUCAUUACUGCAGUAAUUAACUUUGCAGAAUUGCAUUUGUUCCAUUCAGCAGGGAACGGAGAACAAUAACAGUGUUUACCAACAGCGGGAGGGAGCUUACCUUUCUUUCCCAACCCCCUAAAAUCUCUGCCGGCUAAUCUCAGUGCACAGCUAGGGUGCCCUCCUACACAAUGGAGACUGCCUGAAACCUCCCUUAGGGAAACCUAAGUGAGCUGAUUAGAGCUGUUGUCAAUGCAAACCAAAUACCCAAUCCUAUGAAAUCUAGCGGUUUUUCAUUCUGACGUGCCAUUUCAAAUCUGUACAGGCUGAAACCUUUGUCAAAUAGUUUUACACCAUGAUAGUAAUUCUGAAAUAGCUGAAUGACUUAAAAACAAGUACAGAGUACUUUCAAUCCGUUAAACUCGGUGAAAUUACAAAGAAACAACGUACGUAAAGUUCUUAUGUUUCCAGCUGCAGUAGCAUCAAGAAUCUUUGAUAAUUCACUACUAUUCUUUUCUAGUUGUAAACCAAAAUAUUAUAUAUAAAUAC